CGGAGCUUUUCCCUGGCAGUAAUAUGUGUCUUGAAUAUGUGGACUUUAGAAUACACUGCAGGCUGUGUUGAUGGACAGCAUGAGGUAGAUGGACAAUGCUGUGACCUGUGUUCCCCAGGUACAUAUUUAAAGGAUUUCUGCACAGAGCACCAACAAACUGUCUGUACCCCUUGUGAGGAGGGUUACUUCUCGGACCGACGGAGCAUGUUUGACAGAUGUGAGGAAUGCCGGUCAUGCCAACAAGAAUAUACGGUGAAAUGUACGCUGACCACAAAUGCAAACUGUUCGUGCCGCUCCGGUUUCCUGUGCUCCAACAAUGUGUGUUCAGAGUGUGAGGAAAACAAAUGUGUCACUGGGGAGAAACUUAAGAGCACAGCCAGGGCCUUGGGUGACGGGUUGAUAAAGUAUUCAUAUCAGUGUGAGCGUUUAUGCCCUCAUAACACAUAUUUUGAUGAGAAAGAGAACAUCUGCAAGAUGCACACAGAUGGUACAGGUUCCAUUAAUUUGUUCCUUGGCAUCGGCUUUGUUUUGAGUUCUCUCAUCCUCCUCGUGUUUCUAUGUUAUGCCUGCACAAAGAACCUGAGGAAGCACAAAGCACAUAAUAUUCCUACUGAAAUAUUAGCAGUGUCCACCAACGCCGGUGACUUUCACCUGUCGAAGGAGGAGAGUGGGCACAAGCUCAUCAUGCAGGAUGAAUACAAGAACAGCAACAGUGUUGACCUCCUGCAUCUGGAAAACGUCUCCAUAAUAACACGUCUAUAAUGACAUAAACAAACUUUAAUAAUACUGAUGUAAUGGUAUGAAGCACCUUGCUUAGGAGGUUAGAGGUGCACACUUCUGAAUUAAUUUGUGUCUGUACUUUUGUGUCUGUCCUUUUAAUUAUGUUGUAUGUUUUUAAGUGGACCUUGAAAGCUAUCUAUCUAUCUAAAGGUCCCUGAUUGGAUCUCCAGCAAGAAAAGUGAAAAACCAGCAUUUGUCUGAUGAACAGAUGAAAGAUAUAAUGACAAAAGUUUGAAACCAUGGUCAAAGUA